UUCACACUACUAUAAACAUAAACAUUCGGACACAGUUGUUGACUAAUUAAUUACCUUAACGUUUCAACAACACCCAAAUCGAGUCGAUAACAUUUCGGAAGAUGUUGCUUCUGUAUUCCGGUAUCAAAAGCAUUAUGGAAAUCGUUGUCAAGACCACGUUGAGCGAGAUGGAGAAAAUAAUCGAGCACUCGAAUGGAACCUUACAUGCACCAGAAACUGGAACGUUUAACGCUAAUGUUAAGGCGAAAUCACUGGAUAACCUUACAUUUUUGCAAGACCCCAAACCCCAGGUGUAACUGCCAGCUGAAUAAAUCAGUGCCACUGCUGGCACGGUAUUUUGACGGCCACAGUGACUUGCGGGUGGACUUCCGGCUUACCAGGGAGUCCUUCAACGCCCUAAUGGCUGUGCUGGGGAGGGAGUGUUAUCAUGGUUGGGGCCCAGAGAUCGACACCUUGGUGUUUCUUUUUUGGCUGGCCAGCGCCACUUCCUACCGUGUCGUUGCCCGGGCAUUUGAUAUGCCCCGGGCAACCAUCCACCGGGCAGUGCACAGGGUGAGUGCGAAGAUAGCUGCUCUGCUAUACGACGUGGUCCGCCAUCCCACCGCAGAGGAACUCCCUCGCUUGGGUGCCCGCUUUGCCCGCCUGGCCGGAUCUGCUGCCUUCAACCGGGUUGUAGGAGCGAUUGACGGGUGCCACAUCCGUGUGAAGCCCCCUGCAGAGGACGCUGCCUGUUAUUUUAACAGGAAGCUGUUUCAUUCCGUCCAGCUGCAGGCCAUCUGUGACGACGGCGGAAGAUUUCUGGACGUGUUUGUAGGAUACUGUGGGUCAGUCCACGACGCCAGAGUCCUUCAAAACAGCCCCAUAUAUUAUGAGCAGUCAUACCCCCUCGCAGGAUACUGCAUCAUUGGAGAUGGUGGCUACCCCUGCCUGUCACGCCCCAUCUGCCUCAUGACGCCCUUCAGACAGCCAGUGAGAAACCACCUCCAAGCCAGAUACAACUGCUAUCUGUCAAGGGCGAGGUGUGUGGUCGAGCGGUCUUUUGGGGUCCUGAAAACGAGAUGGCGGUCCAUUUUUCUCAAGGCUCUGGAGGUGGAGGUGAAGUAUGUGCCGGAGGUCAUUGUGUGCUGUACUGUUCUCCACAACAUCUGUGUGAGCAACGGGACGUCCUGGAGCCAGAUGCUGAUGUCGAUGUUGGGAGAGCAGCAAGGGACCAACCAGCACCAGGACCAGCACCUGCACCUCCAGGAACCGCCUCUGGGGCUGAAGACAGACAGAGAAUGGCAACAGCAUUGUGCAAGUGCACCAUAUGAGACACAGCCUUAG